UUUGGCAUCUAUGACAUCUACUACCCUCAUGACUUUCUUAUUGUCCUUAGAAUUACCAAUCCCAAUAUCCGAUCGGUGAAAUUGCUUGGAUCAUGGGACAAUUUCUCAAAGCCAUAUCCUAUGGAUCCGGACAGGCGCAUUGGACCCGGUCAUUGGCGUGGAUGUCAUACAAUCACAGAUAUCAUGGGUGAUGGGUCCACUGGGCAGACUCAAUGGCGUACAGGUGGGCUCAAGAUGGGCGCAACAUAUUGGUACUAUUACUUGCUGAACGACGAUAUGGAAUACUGUAACCCGGCAGAGGUAAUCUCGAGCAAAUGCCCUUUGCUUCCUGGACAGCCGGUGAACGUACUGAACGUGCCAAUCAUCUUGCCGGAUAGUUCGCAUGGCCGCUCGAACAGCAACAGCUCACAGAAUAUGGAUUAUCGUACAAUGAACCCGGAUGACAAGUUUAUGAACCCCCGGAAACCACCCAAGCCAAGUCCGACCCGUCUGCAGACCUCCGAGUCGAGUGCUCACCAACGCUCUGCCACGGCUCUCAACAUAUCUCCAGUCCAUGCGAUGAUGCAUCGAAGUGUUUCUCAGCCGAAUAGCGCGACUUACAGAAACAAGAAGUCAAAAGAAGCACGCUCAGUUUCCCCCCACGGUCCCCAGGAGCCAGCCAUUGAGGAUCGCAAUUUCCCUGGCAUCUUCCUCAAUCCCAGUGUUGGUUCCCCUCCAGUUGCUCUCACCAACAACUUGAAUUCAUCGACUAUUCAAAGUCGUCGUGCGCUGACGGCCAAUGGUGGAACUGGAGCACAGCCUCGGAGUGUCCUCACUGUGGUCACACGUCCACAACUCGGAAGAUCAUCUUCAAAUGUUGCUGCUGCUAGUGCUGAUCUGAGCACAGUCGAUGAAACAUGUGUAAUGAAGGAUACGCUGAGUUUACCGAAAUCGGCGGAUCUGCCGACGCCGACCUGGACAGAUUUUAAUGGAAAGCGGCUACCUACACUGCCCAAUACUCCUUCAUCUGUCAUGGAUGAAGCUGUACGUGCGAUCGAUGAGACUGAUAAGGCGAUGAGUGAAGAGAUCCUACGCAGCCAUUUCUCUAGUCUCACAGUUGACGAGUCCAUCCACUCCCGUCUUAUCCAGGGGAGCAGAUUUUCAGAAUGGAGCACUGAUGACACCGAUGAUGAAGAUGGCUUGAACUCUCCCGGGUCGAUGGUAUUCAAAUACACAUCUAUAUCCAAUCAGGUCAAUCAGUCUCCAGCCGUGGACUACUGGAAAACACCCGAUCUCGACUCUGCGAACGACGCAGCAACGAAUACCGAGCCUAACACGCCACAUCUCACCGCCCAUUCCAAGCCAUCAUCCCCGAACUCUGCAACUGGCGAUAUUCCACCGUGGACAGCCGUGUCACUCCCGAAACUUACCGUCUCCUUAUCGUCUCCCGGUCUCGGCAUCGAGCAGAUGGACGAAGUUGAAAGCAAUCCUAAACGCCAUGCAGCGCUAUUCAGUGCCCUUGAAUCCAUGACGGCACUGUCUUUAUCAGAGCCUCGAGACGGGUCUCCUGUUGUCCUCUCAGAUCCUGAUAGAGGCGAUUCCGAUACAUAUAGCUAUCGGGGACAUUCUCGACAUAGCGAAGCAUCGUUCCGCGGUCAAGCGACGAUGCAAGAGCUUAUUGACGAACUCAGCUAUCUGGAGAACAUGAUUCAUGUUGAGAUGGACGGAGAGCCCUUCUAA